GCUAUUUCAUAGUUAUUUUAUUUAGAUUUCGUAUCGUAUUUGUUUCAAUAGGAGCACAAACAUCUUCUACAUAGUGACUUUGAGUAAGACGCUUUUAGCACAAUAUAACCUUUGAGAGUGCGAGUUGUGACGCGGGACCGUGAGAGAUGGAGCCGAGUGCCGAGUCUGGCAGCAUGUCGCCGGCGCGCGUGAAGCUGGAGCCCGAGACGGACCAGUGGGAAAUGGCCCCUGUGAAGGAAGAAGCUGUAUUCCUGGAUGAAGAGGAGCGCCAGCGCGUGAAGGAGGAGUGGUCGGACAGCGCGGCCGGGCUCGGCGUGAGCGAGGCAGCCAUGCUGGCCGACUUGUACAUCGAGCACGAGGUGAAGGACGAGCUCGUGCUGGGGCCGGAGCGCCCGCACCGCCCCGUUGUCGCCCCGGCCGCCCUGUCUAAUCGUGUUGCAGCGUCCGCUCUCGUGUCCGCCGAGCCCGUACACACACCCAGGGUCAUCGCCACCGGCUACCAGUGUUACCAUUGCGGCAAACGGUUCAGGAACAAGUCGGUUUUAAAGAAACACGUACACACUCACUCACCUUUACAUAAUUCAACUGGUGAUAGUAUAAAACGACAUCAACACGGCAGCAAACAACUGUGUAAAAAGGCGAACCUGAUUAUGUGCACCAGAGAAAAGUCUUUUAGGUGUAAUCAAUGUAGCUACAAGAGUAAUUUUAAAUCAACCUUACGAAUUCACCUGAUAACCCACACUGGCGACAAACCCUUCAGUUGUACCCACUGUGACUACAAGUGUAAGAAUAAAACACAAUUAAAGGCUCAUCUGCUGAUUCACACUGACGAGAAGCCAUUUAGUUGCAGCCACUGUGAAUACAAGUGUAAACGAAAGAAAGAUUUACAGACUCACCUGAUGACUCACACAGACGAAAAGCGUUUUAGUUGUAGCCUCUGUGACUACAAGUGUAGACGAAAAGCAGAUUUUCAGGUUCACCUGAUGACUCACACAGGCGAAAAGCCUUUUAGUUGUAGCCACUGUGACUACAAAAGUAGACGAAAAUCAGAUUUACGGACUCACCUGAGGACUCACACAGGCGAAAAGCCUUUUGGUUGUAAGCACUGCGAUUACAAGUUUAAAACAAAAUCACAAUUACGUAGGCACCUGAUGACUCACACAGACGAAAAGCCUUUUAGUUGUAGCUACUGUGAAUACAAAUGCAGAUAUAAAGAAGUUUUGCGGAUACACUUGAUGACUCACACUGGCGAGAAGCCUUUACAUUGUAACUACUGUGACUACAAGUGUACAACAAAAGCACUUAUAAAGUUUCAUCUGAUGACUCACACUGACAAUAAGCCUUUUAGUUGUAGCCACUGUAACCACAAGUGUAGACGAAAAAAUCAAUUACAGAAUCACCUUAUGACUCACACAAACAUUAAACCUUUUAGUUGUAGCCACUGUGACUACAAAUGUAAAAAAAAAUCAAAUUUACAGACCCACCUGAUGACUCACACGGACGAGAAACCAUUAGGUUGUAGUCACUGUGACUACAAGUGUAACCGAAAAACAGCAUUAAAGGCUCACAUGUGGACUCAUACAGACGAUAAACCUUUAAGUUGUAGCCACUGUGACUACAAGUGUAGAAGAAGAUCACAAUUAAAGUCUCACCUGAGGAUUCACACUGACGAGAAGCCAUUUAGUUGUAGCCACUGUGAAUACAAGUGUAAACGAAAAUCAGAGUUACAGGCUCAUCUGACGAUUCACACGGACGAUAAUCCUUUUAGUUGUAACCACUGUGACUACAAGUGUAAACGAAAGAAACUUUUACAGAUACACCUGUUGAAUCACGCAGGCGAAAAGCCUUUUAGUUGUAGCCACUGUGACUACAAGUGUAGAAGAAGAUCACAAUUAAAGUCUCACCUGAGGAUUCACACUGACGAGAAGCCAUUUAGUUGUAGCCACUGUGAAUACAAGUGUAGACGAAAAUCAGAGCUACAGGCUCAUCUGACGAUUCACACGGACGAUAAUCCUUUUAGUUGUAACCACUGUGACUACAAGUGUAAACGAAAGAAACUUUUACAGAUACACCUGUUGAAUCACGCAGGCGAAAAGCCUUUUAGUUGUAGCCACUGUGACUACAAGUGUAAAAAAAAAUCACACUUAAAGUCUCACCUGAUGAUCCACACUGGCGAGAAGCCUUUUGGUUGUAAGCACUGUGACUACAAAUGUAGACGAAAAGCACACUUAAAGUCUCACCUGAUGACCCACACCAAAAAGGAUCGAGUAUAGAGUGUUACUGUCAAAGUAAAAUGUGUAGUUUCUGCCUUCUCUCGACACAGACUCCUUUUGUACCUCAGUUUUGACUCUCUCACUCAGUAACCGGUAAUCAAAACAUUAAGGCCACUUCCAAUUAUCCUAGCGUUAUGAAAUUUGGCACACAGGUCGUGUUUGAAAUAUUGAUUAAUAAAAUAUUAAGAAAUCGGUCAAGCGUGAGUUGGCUCAAUCUCAUCGAUUUUUAAUAAAAAGUAUUUAUGAACAGUGAUACAAUGAUAAUAGGCUCAGGGAAUUGUUUCGACCUGAUUUACCCACAUUAUUGUUUAAAAAACGUAGGGUCUAAAAAGUUCCCGACCGGGAGUGGGCUUUGCGGCGCAAUUUAGCUCGAGAUGAAAUUUCAGAUGAUAUGCCUACAUAAUGGACGCGGGCGUGGUUCAAAAAGAAUAGUUAUUUGUUAUACAAGGGGGCAAAGUUGUAUUUUAACGCCGAGUGUGGAAUUGAAAAACGAGCA